AUGAGCGGUGGUGAAAAGGCAUGGUGUUGCAACAGCUCGCCAGCCAUCCAUUACUUUCGCUCUGCGGAGGCUUGCCUGGUCGACUGCGGGCACGAUUAUGUCCUGUCGGGGAACGGGACGUUGUUUGACAUCCAUCAGCAGCUGCUCUCCGCAGCCGGCGAGGACUUGAUAGAACAAAAAUGGGAGCGAAACCACCAUCGCCUUGGUUUCGUCUUGCUGCACCACCGAACGAUCGGAAUUCGAGCCGUUAAGCCUGUAGGCAGGGAAUCUGAUAUCAAGCCACAGGUUCGGAGUUUGAUUUUGACCUGA